CCCACCUUUACGUUAGUUUACAAUACAAAAUGUAGCACAUCACCACGAGGUCUCAACGGCCUCCCUCGUAUUCCAUCAAACAUACUCGAAUUUUACAAUGUCGACUCAAGCCAACGGACAGAAGCUCGCGCCGUCAAUUGACGUGAAGAACCUGAGCUAUGCGUUCCCAGACGGUUCGAGCGGGUUGAAAGACGUCUUUCUGAACCUGCCGCCCGGCAGCAGGACACUUCUGAUUGGAGCCAAUGGUGCUGGUAAGACGACUCUUCUGCGCCUGCUCUCCGGCAAGCGCAUGGCUCCUGCCGAUUCCGUUUCGAUCGCAGGUGUCGACCCUUUCAAACAAGGCCUCGAGGGUGUCACCUACCUUGGCCUCGAGUGGGUUCUAAAUCCCAUUGUCCGCACCGACAUCGAUGUCGUCACCCUCCUCAACUCCGUUGGCGGCCAGUACUACUCCGAGCGCCGCGACGAGCUCGUGCAGGUGCUUGACAUCGACCUCACAUGGCGCAUGCAUGCCGUGUCUGAUGGUGAGAGGAGGAGAGUACAACUGGCAAUGGGUCUGCUUCGACCAUGGACGAUCCUUCUGCUGGACGAGAUCACCGUCGAUCUAGACUUGCUCUCGCGAUCGAACUUCUUGGCUUUCCUGAAGAAGGAGACCAACGAGCGCCCCUGUACCAUCGUAUACGCAACACACAUCCUGGACAAUCUCGCAACCUGGCCAACCCACCUCGUACACAUGUCGCUUGGCAAGGUCAAGAAGUGGGGCAGCGUGGACGACAUGGGCGUGAAGAACGACCCCGACUCCAGAGUUUUGUCUGGCAACAGCGAACUUGGUGAGCUUGUGCUCAACUGGUUGCAAGAGGACCUUGACGAGAGAGGUCCCAGGAACGGCAGGAAUGCUCCACGCUCCGAAGGCAAGACCUACCAGAACCUUGAGGGCAAGGGAGGGUACGGCGCAGAGAAGAAGGUUGAGAAAGAGUAGAGCAAAGACAUAGACGGAAGACGUAGAGGCGGAGGCCUGCUUCAACAACGCAGACCGCUGGAAUUCAACAGGCGUUCAGAGGCUUCUCAACGAUGAUACCCCAUCUCGUAUUUCAACAUCAAUACAUUUUUGAAUAUUAAUAGCAGUAAGAUCUACAUCGUACUUGGUUGCUUUUUUAUCGCUGCUGCAAGGUUUACGCUGGACUGAUGUACGGCUGAUAUCAACGCAGAAACGUCACCACACGCAAGGCUGCGAUCAGUUCAGGACAGGAGCUCGUGGUGCUUUUCUUUCUUACUCGCGCAAGUACAUCGCCCUCGAUUUGUGUUUACCUACGCGAAUCUUUUGGAACCAGAUCUCAACGUAUGUUCAUUAACCAGAAGUCGCGCACUCGUUGCGAGCCGGGGGACCAACUCUUCAUGUUUCAAAGCCACAAUUUUUG